UGUGGCCUUUCUGGCUGAUGAUGGCCCCACGUCUGUUCCAAAACACCAUUCAUCACCACAUAUUGCUGAAACGACACCAGAAUCAAAACAAAACACUGUCAUGACCUCUGUGCAUGCAGGAUUAUAGUGAUGGACGAUUUACAUACAGUCAGUCAUCCUCAAUAAUGGAACAUUGAUCGUAUUUUUCAUUUGAUGAGAAACCGGUUGUGCACAAAAAGAAUGAAAGCUGCCUCCAAGAGAAUCCCUUUCCUUGUUUCUUGUGGUGAUCAGAGGAAGAUUACAACUGAUAUUCGUUGAUGGGAAACGUGUUCAUGCGCACAAAAAGAAUGAAAGCAGCCGCCUUGCUUCUUUUGCUUGCACCACUGUUACUGGUUCUUGGCUCGUUUUAUGCAGUUGCUGCUGGAGAUAACAACAAUGCCGAUGAGCAUGGACGAUGCACUGGUUCGAUUUUAGAAUGUGGGGUCGAAAUGGCUGAUCAUGAAGAGUUAAUGGAGAAGGAAUAUUCGAGCAGAAACACAAGGAAAAGUUGCCUGCCUCCACCUUCCAACCCUCAGAACAGAGGCUGCUCCAGCUACUACAGGUGUAGGAGGUGACCUACUUGGUUUUUUCUCUUUAUAAUUUGUCUUGUAGUUUUCAUUUGAGCCAUUAUAUUUACAAGUUGGUGUGGAUGAUAUAUUCUUCACACCGUUGACACGAAAUGAUUUAAUUUAUAAAAAUAAAAAAUUUAAAUCAUAUUAUGUCAGCAGUAGAGAUCAAUAUAUCUUAUACAUCGACUUGUAAGUAGAAAAACAAUUUGCAUAUCAUUCCCUCUUCACAUGAAUCCAAUCCUUGGCAAUUCUUAAUAA